AUGGAUCCUUCAGGAUAUCCAGGCCGUCCUGGUGGUACUUAUGACGAUGAUCUCCUCUUUCAGGACGUCAACCUAGACAACCUUCUCCCUCCUCCUGGUAUCGGCGACUGGGAGCCUUUGUUUGACACUGCAGGCACUUUCGACGAUGCUGUCCAAGCACAGAUCGACAGAAACAUCAAUCCUAGCAUUGGCAGCACUGCAAACAACCAAGUCGACAGCAAUGUGCAGCAUGAGGUCGACAAUGAAGUGGGUUUUCAGAUCGAAAAUACUCAGAACCCUCAGAUCGACAACAGAACCCUUCAGAUCGGUAGCACAUAUGCUGUGCAAGAUCCAAGUGCCCAGACUGCACAAUCAGACCUUCUUCCUGCUCUCCAGCAUGGUGAGAAUGUCCAGGGUCAUCACAAUGUCCAGCAUGAUGAGUUGCUUGCAUUUCAAGAACAAGAGGUUGGCAAUACACGGUCUUUCUCAGGUCAUCAUCCCGCCGAGACACAGCCUUAUCCAUACCGAGAUGUCGCCGAGCCACAGCAUUUCCAGUAUGACGAUACGGAGACACAGGCAUUCCAGUAUCAGGGCAAUGGUGAGACACAGCCUGAUACCUUGAUGAUGGGUGGUGACAAUGCCAAUCUCCACGGCCGUUCAGACAUCGGUGGCAUGAAUGCCAUGGAUACGGAUUCUGGUAUUGUUCAAGAUCCAAACACCUUCAACCCACCAUGGAAUGCCUCGCUGCAAAACAACAUGAAUACUCGAGGCAACUUCAACCAGGAGCCUCCGGCGUUUCGACUCAACCAAGAUGUGACAGACUUCAAUGUGCCUGGCAAUAGGAAUUUGGCAUCAGCAUGGGACGAGGUCAUCGGGAAUGGCGAAGACGAGAGUGUGUAUCAAGACACCGAUCCGAAUCCUACCAUGCCCUUGGGUAAUGAUCAUGUCAAUCCAUCUCUGCCAGAUCCUUUCGUCGCCAACGACAUGGGUUGCAAUGCAGGCAGCACCUUGCGGCAUCCUCAAGGAGACAUCCAGCAACCAGACCAUGAUGCACAGCAGGGUCCAUUUCAAAGCAGACUGGUACUCCAAGAUAAACAUGGGAACGUCGUAUGGAGCACCAAUCUACCACUGCCAAAUGUCUCAGGCCAUGGAUUUCAUGGUUCUGCUACUUUUCCAGUAUUCCAGAACAUGGGUGGUCAGCAACAAUUCGCGGCUCCGGGAUGGCCAGCCAUUGGUACCGGCAAUCAGACUUUUCUUCCAAAUGGUCAGUCAAUCUUGCUCACCACUGGUCAUGCUCAAGGGCAGAUGGGCAUUGAAAGCAAUGGCUAUGCUUUUAAUACCAACAUCGGCGGCUUCGAUCAGCAUGGCAAUCAGCUACCAAAUUUUGGAGCAAUGGGCCAAGGUGCACCGAUGACCUCGAGAAAUGGAACGCCUGUAUCGAAUGUGGCAGUCCCACUUCCAAACAUGUAUGCACCAGCAGGCAAUGUGUUGAACACUCCGAUAACCCAGGGCAAUACAGCACACGCCAGCAAUGCAACACCUGUGCAGCCACAGUCUCAGUCACGAAAUCGAAACAGUACUCGACCUCCUCGAGUGCGGGCUGUGAUGCCAACUUCCGGUCCACAUCAACGAUUUCCAGCCAACAUCCCACCACCGCAGCAGUCAAUCGCUUUGGGCCGUGGUCGACGAUCAGGACUGGACCAGCUCGCCUUCUUUGGGGACGACACUGUUCCUCGCACGAUGUUCCCGAUCCGAGUGGACCGUGGUCGUACUGGCCGAGCUGCAUCGGACGAAUAUCCAGCUUCAGACGAAAUCUUGCCGGCCAGACUGUCUCUGGAAGAAAUCUGCCGUUUGUAUCCCAACCAUGUGUGGGGAUCGAUGCUUCGCAUCUUCAUGGCUGAAUCCUGGACUGCCGAGGGGAUUUGGCAAGCUUUGCCUGCUGGAUAUAGGCAUGCUGAGGCAAAUACCCGGCCGUGGAACUACAUUCAGGCCGCAUUUGGUCGUGAAGUAGACCAGAUGACCCGGGAGGAGACUGGAAAGAAGAGAGUUCCUCAGAAGAGGAAGGCCGACAAUGACUCCGACGACGAUGAAAAGAAGGACAACGAUGGCAAUGCUGGCGGAUCUGCUGGCGGAUCUGCUGGGCCGGCACAGCCUACUGCAUCACAAGCUGGCUCGCCUCUCCCAAAGCCUCGUCGUGGGGGUGCUGGUGCUGGUGCUGUUGCCGGUGCUGGUGUUGGCCGAGCUCUGGCUAUCAUGCCUGCGUUGCCACCGGGUCCUGUCUUGCCUUCGUCUUCGUCCUCGGCUCCUCCCGCCUCACAGCCAGCCGGUCCUUCAAUGGACAACAUGACCGUUCAGCAACUCCAGCAGGGCGUCAUUCAACAGCAAGAGCGGGCCAUGGCGGUCCUGGUGGAGAUUGAGAGGCUGCGCAAUUCGACGACCUCUGAAAGCGCCGUUUUCCAGGCAACACGGAAUGCGUAUCGGCGCAGACAAGGCCAGUGGACACAAAUGGCCGCGGACCGAUACGCCGAGUUCGCUGGGGAUGAAGACCUGGCCGCUCUCAAUCCGGCAAGUCUGCUGAGGAGAGUUUACAUGAUGAGAAACCCGAAUCCGGCAGAGGGUGAGACAAUGGCUGUCUACCAGAAUAGGAUUACCUGGAUAGCAUGGCGACAGUACUUGGGCUUGGUUCGGUCGUGGGUUGUGGAGUUUGAGCGCCAGAGAGCUCAGAUGGUGCAGUUGGCACAGGAUAUCUAUGCCUCAUAG